UCGCUCCCUCUGUCUUCAUGCCAGAGUGACUUUGCCUUACAAACAACAACAAGUCUCUUUGAUUUCAUUAGCAGAAGCGUUGAAUCUCUUCGUCGUCUUCCCCCCGGAUCGAUUCCAAUCCUGUUUAGUCUCUCGUCCUUGGCAUCCAUUUCUUCGUUCACCCAGUUUCUUAAACCAAAAGGCCCUGUACAACACACCCAAAGUGAGCUUGUCUAGAAGGUGGUUAAGGGUUUAGAUCCACAGCUUUCAGAAAGAGGUGGUGGAAGAGCUGAAACUUAGUCAACUUUGCUCCACAGAACCUUCUAGGAAGCUACCUCACUAGACAAGCUUUUCUAGACAGUGGUGAACAAUAUGCUUCUAUAGAAGGGGGUGUUAACAGCAGGAGAUGGCCUUUCACUCGGAGGACGACAAGAGCGAAGACUACCUCUUUAAGAUUGUUCUAAUAGGUGACUCUGCAGUUGGGAAGUCAAACUUGCUGGCAAGGUUUGCUAGAGAUGAGUUUUAUCCCAACUCAAAGUCUACCAUUGGAGUGGAGUUUCAGACGCAGAAGAUUGAUAUCAAUGGCAAGGAGAUCAAAGCUCAGAUAUGGGACACGGCGGGUCAAGAACGUUUCAGAGCAGUCACUUCUGCUUAUUACAGAGGUGCUGUUGGAGCUCUUCUGGUUUACGACAUCAGCAGAAAGCAGACUUUUCACAGCAUUGGUAGAUGGCUCAACGAGCUUCACACACACUCUGAUAUGAACGUUGUGACGAUAUUGGUGGGGAACAAGUCGGAUCUGAAGGAGAUAAGAGAAGUGCCAACAGCGGAAGGGAAGGCGUUAGCGGAAGCUCAAGGGCUUUUCUUUAUGGAGACAUCGGCUCUCGACUCGUCAAACGUGGCGGCUGCGUUCGAGACGGUUGUGAAGGAGAUAUACAACAUACUGAGCAGGAAAGUGAUGAGCUCACAGGAGCUAAGCAAGCAAGAUCCUGCUUCGCUUAGCAAUGGCAAGAAAGUUGUGAUUGAAUCUGAGGCACAGGGCGAGUCCAAGAAAGGUGGGUGUUGUUCUUCGUGAUUAGAAACUGAAAGUGUAGAGUGCUUAAAAGAAAGAAAGAUUGAUUGAUUUUGGUAUGUUUGAUUGUUUCUUUGAUCCAUGUGUUUAGGUGUAGCAAUCUGUAAAUUCUCCAUUGAAGAAACUUUAUGUAAAACCAAAACUCCCCUUUAUAAAGUUUUUACCACUUU